CGCGAACGGUGUGAUUCUCCUCGACGCGCCCUACAUGAGCAUGAUUUAUCGAGAGAGUGGUAUGAGAAGAAAAGCGAGGAGAAGAUGCCUCAUGAUAUAUCACCUAGCAGAAGAUAUGCCGCCGAGCUGGAAGCGCAAAUAGCGGAGAAGAAGGCGAGGGAGAGGCGAGCAAAGGAGGAAGAA